CCCCUCGCUCCUCCAUCCUUUCUCGGUGCCCUACAGCCGAAACGAUGGCUCCCGCAGCCUUCACCAGCCUGGGCACCAAUGCGAAGGAGCUGCUGUAUGGCGCCAAGACGGGCAAAUUCCAGUAUGAGAAGGUCCUGAACCUGUCCAGCAAGACCGCCGAUGGCGUGGACUUCAGCGUGACGGCGGUGGGCAAGGAUGACAAGCUUGAGAUGGCGCUCAAGGCAGCCUAUGCCGCCAACAAGUACAAUGUUGUGGCCACGAUGGGGCAGUCGGGCAAGCUUGCUGUGGCUGUGUCCUACAAGGAGCUGGCCCCCGGCCUGAACCUGGGCAUCGCCGGCACCGUGCCCGACCCCGACUCUGGCAAGCUGUCGGUUGACUACGCCAACACCCACGCCAACCUUAAGUCCUUGGGGGCCCCUACCCCCCCGGCCCAGGGGGAAGCCGCAACCCACCCCCGGGUUGAAGGGCUGACCGUGGGGGGCGAGGCCUCCUACGACACAGCCAAGUCGGCGGUGACCAAGUGGACGGUGGGCCUGGGCUACACAGCGUCCGACUACCAGGCGGCGCUGCUGUACAACGACAAGCAGGCUGCCACCGCGCUGGUUGCGCACAAGGUGACCGGUGACACCACCAUUGGCGCAGAGGUGGUGCGCGACCUUGCGGCAGGCACCACCACCUUUGCCACCGGCGUGUCCAAGCAGCUGGAGGGCGGCGCCCUGACCAAGCUCAAGCUGGACAACGCAGGCAUCGUCAGCGUGCUGUACGAGCAGGAGCUCAAGGCCAAGACGCGCCUGGCGGUGAGCGGCCAGUUCUCGGCGCUGGACCUCAACAAGCCGCCCCGGUUCGGCUUCGGGUACGACAUCAAGUACUGAGGAUGAGGAGGUACAUGCAGCAGUACAGCAGUACUUGCAGUGCGUCGGCGCAUACACGCGGGACGGACGCACCGGUGCCCCGCGGCGGCGGCGGCCCGACGGUGCAUUGCGCGCGGCCUGCCGCCGCCGCUCUCUGGCGCUGCGGGGCAGGCCACCCCACACAUCCAUCUUCCACACACCACCCGUGUGGCAUACGCCCACUCUGGCAGCACGCAGCAACACACGCGGCGCGGCGGGCGCCUUGCCUGCCGCCGCCGCGGAUUUUGACGUUCUUGCGGCUUUGUUGUGCUCCCCCUCUUUUCACACACAGAAUGCAAAUGCAAACGCCUGGUCGGC